ACAAAUACAUCAGAGUCAGUCUCUCCCUGCUUCUGCGUGCCAGUUGCUCAAAUUUUUGCUCAACAAUUUCCAAAUCUAUAUAUCUGAAAUUGUUCGCAAUUCCUGAAUCAAAAAAAAAAUGCUUCCAGAUUCUGAGGGUCAAAAACUAAAAACCUUCCUGCUGGGCACCGGGACGACAUUGGAUCCCUCGCUUGACCCAACCGGGAAUUCGAAUUUCUCAAUGGCCACCACAUCAGAUUCCUCCACGAUUUGGACGGCCCUACCGGCUAGCCAGCCAGGUGAUAAGGAUAUCCCUACAGUUGAUCUUGCAGCUAUUUCCGAGGCCUACGGUUCCACCUCUUCCACAACCUCCCUUACAUCAUCAGUAACAUCUCAAUACCAAUACAACUCCUAUCCUCAAUACGCAAUGUACACCUCUGCAAAUCCUGCCAACUACUAUCAGCAGGUGACUGCAAACCUGCGUGCCGGCACCACAGCCUUCCCAUACUCGCUGACAACGCCCUCGUAUUACGGAAGUUAUCCGGUAGAUUACACAUCGGCGGCGGCGGCAUAUCAGAACCCCUACUACACAAAUCUCCGUGGAGGCACCGCUGCUCCGUACUACAACCCGCUGAAUGCGACAACGGCAGCUGCUUAUGCGAGUGUAGCCAGCUCGGUCUUGGGAACAGAUGCCGUCAACCUCGGAACUUCAUCAGAUGGCUCGACAGGUGUCCCGUCAACAGUCACAAGCUUCAGCCUAAAGGAGAAAAAACCGAAGGUCUCCAAGAAAAAGAAGACGGGCUCCUGCUCCCCAGGCGAUGAGACCUACGCGAGAGUCUUUAUUUGGGAUAUUGACGAUAUUGCGGUGAUUUCCCGGAACUACCUGGCAUCUGUUACUCAUACUAAUGAAUUUUAUGCAAGAGCCGCGAAUAGUGUCUCACAUUUGAUGGAGAGAAUCGCUUUGAACAAUUUUGCAGAUGUUAAUGAGUUCCUAGAAGGUGACAUCACCAAUAUCGAGGACGCCGUCGUGGAUGAAACCACCAUGGACUCGGGACCAAUCGAUAAUCUACGUGGACUUGACGUUAUGCGACGUGUCGCACCAAAAUAUUCAGCUUUCCGGCAAUUUUACACAGAAAAUUCGACAAAAAAUGACGUGGCUGGGUUUAAGCAGGAGCAGAAUGGAUUUAAUUUUGAGCUCCUGGAACGCGUCGGAUUUGGAGCCCGUGAGGCCACAGAGCUCUACCAGUCUGCAAUCCAGCUCCAGACCCUCCCCAAUUUCGGUCAACGCUGGCCAUGUGCUCAGCGUUGUAUGGACCUUGUAGUGGAAAAGUCGAAGCUCUCAGCUGAAAAAUACGCGAAUGUAGUGCUCUCCAACGACGGACUUGUGCUCGGAGCUGCUCAACUGAUGAUCUCAGGGCUCAACUCUUCGGUGCCUGUGGAGAAUAUCUACUCGAUAUCGAAACAGGGGAAGGAGUCGGUUUUCGAGAAGAUUCAGUCGAGAUUCGGGAAGAAGUGCAGUUUUAUAUGCAUUACUUCUGGGGAUACGGCAAAUUCUGCUAAGAGGCUUAACAUUCCCGUAUGGCCACUCAACUCCAAUACGGACCUCGACAAGCUUUACAGUGCUCUGGACAACUUUUUGUUGGGCGGAUAAUUCCAAUAUCUUCAAUUAACAAUUUAAAACAAUUUUCGGGUCAAUUGAUAGUUUUACCUUGUUCCAGUAUUUGUAUUUAUUCAGAUCUUCUAUUUAUUUUUUGUAUUAUUCUUUGUGAAUGAAGCCAAUUUUUUGAAUUCCACUUUUAAAAAUUCAAAAAAUUAAAAAAAAAAAAAAAAA